AUGACUCGAGAACGGAGAGAACAGCUGGCUCAUGACGCGAAAGGGAAAAUUUUCAAUGAAUAUAAACAGGCCCUAAAUGACAUAUACGUGCGAUUUGAGAAGAAGUCGAGUCAAACUUCGACGAAGCCUGAUGAAGAGCGACAAACGCGUCAAUUACUUCUAGAUCUCAAACAUGCUAUGGAAACAAAAGGCGCCGAACUUAUAGAGAACAAAAGGAAAGAAUUGUUAAAGGAGAUGGCAUAA